GAGGUGGACGAUCUAAUCGGAAGCGGCGAUGUUGCAGCGGUGGGAGCCCGAGCGCCCGUCCUAGUUCGCCAUGGGUCUCCUGGGCGAGGUGACGCGGGGCCUGUUCCGCGGCGCUGACCGAAUGUCGGCCUGGACGAGCAAGCGGGGCCCGCGGACCUUCUUCAAGAGCCGCGGCUGCAAAGUCUUCGGCUGCAUCACGUCGAGCCGCAAGUUCCUCCUGGUGAAGGACCAGGUGCCGGUGCUGAUGGUGCCGGACCUGAGGGGCUUCAGGUUGAAGGCGUACGUCUCCUACCGGGCGCCCGCCGGCAGCGAGCCGCCCCUGACCGCCCGCGCUCUCUUCCAGCGGACCGCCGCGCCUCUCAUCGAGAAGGACGUCAAGGAAGGCGUCUUCGACCCCGACGCCCUGGAGAAGUACGGCUUCGAGAGCAGCCAGGAGGGGAAGCUUUUCAGGCUCUUCCCCAAAAACUUCGUGCGCUAGCGGGUGGAAGAAAGGAAGGAAAGAAAAAGGAAGGAAAAGAAAAGAGACCCCCCCCCCCCCCAAAAAAAAAGUGGAGACAAAUUGUCCCCCCAGGACUGCAACUUUAUUGAAGCCCUUUUAAAUACAGGAUCGAAAGCAGAGGAAAAAAGAUAAUUUCCUGGAAAAAGGGAGAAAAAAGGACAAUUUCUUGGAAAAAGGGGGAAAAAAACGAUUUCCUGGAAGAAGAGAGAAAAGACACCAUUUCCGCGAAGAAAAGGGGGGAAAGACUAUUUCUUGGAAGAGGAGAAAAGACACAAUAUCUCAAAAGAAAAGAUAGUUUCUCAGAAGGGGGCUUUUGGACCAGAUAAUUUGGGGUAGAGGGUUACGAAUAAAGAGAAUGUGACACCUC